AUGCCACAGGCUGGUGAGUUGAUGAUCACUCCGGGCCUGAUGAAUAACAAUACCGCAGGUACUUGGCCACCCUGCGACAGUACCAUCCUGGGUGUACCUACGAGCAACUGCAAAUACGUUACAACCACGAGCAAGCUUGGAGAUGGUAACUUCAGUGUUGUUAAGGAAUGCAUGAAUUUGCAGACGAAAGUGCGGUAUGCGAUGAAGUUGAUUCCCAAACGGCUAGUACGCGGGCGUCUGCAGUUGAUACAGCGGGAGGUUAUGGUGCUGAAGCACGUGCACGCACGCACGCACCAAUAUGAGAGUGGCAGGGGCGAGCACGAGAAGGGCAUGGAGAGGCAUGGGACUUUCGACGGCCACCAUCACGUGUUGCAGCUCUUUGAUUAUUUUGAGACGAAAGACAAUAUUGUGUUGGUGACGCAGCUUUGUGAGCAGAGCGACCUGUACGACUGUAUUAUCAACUCGGGUUCGUUGGACAUUGACACCCAAGUGAAGCCGUAUGUCGCGUGUUUAUUGAGUGCACUAGACUUCUUGCACCAGAGCGGCGUUAUUCAUCGAGACAUUAAGGCAGAGAACAUCCUAUUCCGUCUCCGUGAAACGGUACCGUCUACCGACGCAAAAUACGACGUGCGGGCGCACGACUUAAUCAUCGCAGACUUUGGCCUUGCUGUGGGAAAAGAGGAUCGCUCUUCUUUGAAAGAAUAUGUAGGCACCCUCUCCUAUCUUGCGCCGGAAUUGGUUCGCUGCAAAGAUAUGAAGACGAUGACACCUGCAGAAGCAGAAAGAAUCCCAGAGUACGGUGCAGCAGUCGACAUAUGGGCUCUUGGUGUCCUCUGCUACUUCAUGAUGAGUGGCUAUAUGCCGUUCGAUUGCGAAGACGAUGCCGAAACUAGUGACUGCAUCUUGAAGGGUGACUAUUACGUUGACGAGGAAGCUCGUGCCAACGCCAAUGAGAGCUAUAACAGCUGCUGGAACUUCAUGCAGCGCUGCUUUACGAUGGAUGAUAAUAUCCGGCCGCGCGCACACGAACUCAUGGGCCACGCAUUCAUGCGGGAAUACUUCCAAUCGGCUGCGGCCAAUGACUUCGCAUCUAUCCCGCUACUCGAGAGAUCAAGAUCCUCGAACUCCCUGCACCACUUAGCGCCGCCAUCACGCGCACCGUUUAUCUCGUCUGGCGUGCCGGUUAUUAACGAGCGCCCUGUGCCACGUGUUGGCUCGCGUGAGCGCAAUUUGGAUAAGUUGCGGGAUACUUUGCGGAAGACCCUUUCCCUCACUUCGCUUGAACCUAUGCGCUUUGUUGCUCAAGCGAAUACUCCUAAUCCUAAUAAGAAGAACUCUACUUUUGUUCUUGAGCCAGCUCCUCCCACGGGGAGUCUAAUGAAUGGGUGUUUCAGCGUCACACCGGAAAGUAAAUCCAACCUCAAUACGCCAGUCCUUUCGCGCAGAAGCUCCGGCCAAAGUGUGAUUGAUACUGCUGUCACAACCAUGAGAAGUUACUCUACAAAAGGACAAAGGGGCAAGUUGCUUGCGGGCAAUGUGCCGGAAAUUGAGCGACAUAGGGUCCCUCAAUUCCACUUUGGGGACGAUGACGAGUGA